AACAGGCACGGACCCUUUUUGUAUACCAGCAAUAGCCACUGUCAGACUUCAGUGAUCACCAACAGGCACAAAACAAGGGAACUGCAGACUCUUUAGAAUUGCAAGCUCUGUGGCUCAGUUUCCAGGUUAUUAAUACCCCCGGCACAUGGGCACAGGAGCCAGGAGCUUCAGAAGGAGACGGGCAAAGACCCUGGCACUGCAUCUCUGAGGGACAACAGCACACGGAACUGCAGGAGCCAGGGGUACAGGGCUCAGAUUCCCUGUCACUGAAUCAGUCAGACAUAGAAAGUCACUGAGCCCCUGCAGCUGGAUCUCUGAGAGAUGGGCACAGACUGAUGGUACUGGUUCCUGUAAGAGAAGCACAGACCCCCUGGCACUGAGGAGCACAGAGCUUGCACUUCAUCUCUGAGAAGGAAACUCACACCCUGGUUCCUCUUGGGAGGGACAUAAACAGAUUUCAGAUCCCUGAGGGAGGGAUGAAGAGGUCGCUGUCAGGAACUCCGCUGGCUGAACGGGACAGGAAAGUUACUGAGAAGAUGUCGGAGAACGGGACCUGCAGUCGGAUCCUGACUCUGGACUCCAUGAAUCCCUGUAUCCAGAAAGUGGAAUACGCAGUGAGGGGCCCCAUUGUCAUCAGGGCUGUGGAGCUGGAGAAAGAACUGCAGCAGGGAGUGAAGAAGCCAUUCACAGAAGUGAUCAAAGCCAACAUUGGAGAUGCCCAUGCGAUGGGUCAGAAACCUAUAACUUUCCUGCGCCAGGUCAGUGCCAUCUGUCUGUACCCCGAGCUCAUGAAUGACAACAAGUUCCCGGAGGACGUGAAGCAGAAGGCAGCGAGGAUCCUGCAGGCGUGUGGCGGGCACAGCAUUGGGGCCUAUAGCGCCAGCCAAGGGAUUGAAGUGAUCCGUCAGGAUGUGGCCAAGUACAUUGAGAGAAGGGAUGGGGGUAUCCUGUCCGACCCCAACAACAUCUACCUCUCCACGGGGGCCAGUGACUCUAUUGUGACGAUGCUGAAGUUGCUGGUGUCUGGGCAGGGGAAAUCCAGGACGGGGGUGAUGAUCCCGAUCCCCCAGUACCCACUGUAUUCUGCAGCCCUGGCAGAGUUGGAUGCCGUGCAGGUUAAUUAUUAUCUGGAUGAGGAGAACUGCUGGGCCCUGGAUAUCGAUGAGCUGCGGAGGUCACUUAUGGAGGCCAGAAAACACUGUGACCCCAAAGUACUGUGCAUCAUUAACCCAGGAAACCCCACAGGGCAGGUGCAGAGCCGCAAGUGCAUUGAGGACGUUAUCCGUUUUGCUGCUGAAGAGAAUCUUUUCCUGAUGGCUGAUGAGGUGUAUCAAGAUAAUGUCUAUGCCAAGGGCUGUGCCUUCCAUUCCUUCAAAAAGGUUCUCUUUGAGAUGGGACCCAAGUAUUCAGAAAAACUGGAACUGGCGUCUUUCCACUCAACAUCCAAGGGAUACAUGGGAGAGUGCGGUUUCAGAGGGGGUUACAUGGAAGUGAUCAAUAUGGAUCCUGCUGUCAAGCAACAACUAACCAAGUUGGUGUCAGUGCGUCUGUGCCCCCCAGUGCCAGGACAAGCAUUACUCGAUGUGAUUGUGAACCCACCAAAGCCCGGGGAGCCCUCCUACAAACAGUUCAUUUCUGAGAAGCAGGCCGUGCUCAGUAACCUGGCUGAGAAAGCUCGUCUCACGGAGGAAAUCCUUAACCAAUCGCCUGGGAUCCGCUGUAAUCCAGUUCAGGGAGCCAUGUACUCGUUCCCAAGGAUCCACAUCCCAGAGAAGGCUGUUAAACUGGCACAGGCUGAGGGACAGGCCCCAGAUAUGUACUUCUGUAUGAAGCUGCUGGAAGAGACUGGAAUUUGUGUGGUACCUGGAAGUGGAUUUGGACAACGUGAGGGCACGCACCAUUUCAGGAUGACCAUCCUCCCUCCCACUGAUAAGCUAAAGAGCCUGUUAGAGCGGCUGAAGGAUUUCCACCAGAAAUUCACAGAAGAGUAUUCCUAGGGUGCCACAAUGGGGGAGACCAUCUGUUGACUAGUAGGACACGUGUAACCCUUAAAUCUGCCCCGUGCUUUUUACCUCCUGCUUUGCGCUCUCAUGUGAUCUACUCAACCCCAACCCUGGAGAAGACUUCACUGACUGACUCCCCAACUAGACAUGAAUUGAGGAGCAGACCCACAAUUGUGCCUCUCAGUAUUCACUAAUGAUGAACAGAUCCGUAACCAGUUACAGCCACACGUGCACCUUUUUGUGUUUUUAUCUCGAUUUAGCACUUUUGUUGGAAUCCAAAGCCAAUAUGUGAAAACUCUCUUGUUCCUAAUGACACUAAUGACUGGUCCCCAGUAGUAAGGCCCCUAAUAACCAUGGGAUACAGUUUGUGAUUUCCCAGCCUGGUGCCAUUCCCUUUUGCCAAUAUUAAAAAAAUGCAAGUCUGAUUGGUUGCCAUGGGCAACUGCACUAGGACAAAUUAGCACCGAAGUCUUAAGUAUUCUCGGCUGUCGGGUCGUUCUUGGUGGGUGUUGCUUGAUCCUCUCGCUGAUCAGCUGAUUCCCCAACUGACCUACUAGCCAAGGUGCCAAACUACUGGCCAGUCCUGCUCAGCAUUUUAAUAUAAAGGGCUAAAAUGAAAGUUUUUAUAAUGAACCAAUAAAGAUUGUGAGGAAGA